GUGCCCUUGACCGGAAUCGAACCUGGGACCCUUCAGUCCGCAGGCCGAUGCUCUAUCCACUGAGCCAAACCGGUUAGGGCCCCAAUAGAGACACGUUUAAUUUCCUUUCCUCGUCUAAUUGCAGUGGCUCGGACUGGUGAGAACAGACCCCUGGCCUCUCUCCUGUCCUGAAUAAGGAAGCUCCUAGCUUCUUUCCAUCAUGAUGUCAGAGUUUUGUCGCUGUCCCUUACCCACGAUUCACUCGAGAAAGCCCUCCUCUAUCCCUACUUUGCCGAAGCAAUAUCAUUUUCAUAUCAAAAGCGUACAAAAAGUAGUGUGUACAGUUCGAUUCUGAUUUUGAGAAGAAAAUACUUUCUAUUGGAAAAGCGUGUGGAAGGCAAUCCACUGAUAAAGGCGUCAUGGGGAGCCGCUAGAAGGGGUAUUUUUUUUCUUUACGUAGUUCUGUAUUUCCGAAACGUGCCCUGAUGAACAUAUAUGUAUUUUAUUUUUUUUAACAACAGAACAAUAACGUUAUGAAAAGCGAUGACCUGUUCUGGAGAGCUGGCUUGCAGACAGGAAAUAAGACGAUUAAAGACUAACGUAGCCAAGCUGGUGUUGCUCAGUGGUUGAGUGUCUGCCUAUGAACCAGGUCACGGGUUCGACUCCCGGGAUUUCGGGCUUGAUCUCCAGUGUGGGGCGUGCAGGAGGCAGCUGAGCCAUGAUUCCCUCUCAUCAUGGAUGUUUCUCUCUCCCUCUCCCAUAAAAAUGUAUUAAAGAAGAAAAAAGAAAAGAAACGGAACGGAACUGCUCGACCUGGAGCAGGAGGGCCUGGCAGGUCUUGGCUGAGGGGAGGAGUCGCGGGGCGGAGGAGGUGCCUGGUGCCUCUCGGAGCGCAGUGCACGCCCGGGCCGCGGGGAGGGGCAGCAGCGCCCCCACCUGGCGCCGGCGUCGCGGGCUGGCGCGCGCCCCCAGCUCAGUGGCAUGAGAAGGUCCCCGGACGUCAGCCCGCGGAGACUGUCGGACAUCAGCCCGCAGCUCCGGCAGCUCAAGUACUUGGUGGUGGACGAGGCCAUCAAGGAAGACCUCAAGUGGUCGCGCUCGGUGGAGGACCUCACCGGCGGGCCCGCGGGGCUCACAUCCAUCGAGGAGCGCAUCCUGCGCAUCACCGGCUACUACGGCUACCAGCCCUGGGCGGCGAGCUGCAAAAGGGAGGAGCGCCCCCGGGAGGGCCCGGCCCCCGCGGAGGCCCCGGCGGCGGGGUCGGAGGCCGGGCGCGGGAGCCGCCGCUGCUGCCGCUGCUCGGGGCCCCGGCUGCGCAAGCUGGGCUGGGGGCUGGCCGUGGUGCUGAGCGUGUGCACCUCCUGGGCCGGCGCCACGCAGCUUGCCAAGCGCACCUUCCGCACCUUCGACGCGCCCUUCACCCUGACCUGGUUCGCCACCUCCUGGAACUGCCUGUUCUUCCCGCUGUACUACGUGGGCCACGCGUGCAAGGCCCCCGAGCGGCCGUCGGUGAGGCAGCGGUACAGAUCGUGGCCGCCAUCCUCGCCAUCGCCGGGAUCGUGAUGAUGACCUACGCCGACGGCUUCCACAGCCACUCGGUCAUCGGCAUCGCGCUGGUGGUGGGCUCCGCGUCCAUGUCCGCGCUCUACAAGGUUCUCUUCAAGCUGCUCCUGGGCAGCGCGAAGUUCGGAGAAGCCGCCUUAUUCCUGUCCGUCCUGGGCGUGUUUAACGUCCUCUUCAUCUCCUGCGUCCCCGUCGUCCUCUACUUCACCCGCAUCGAGUACUGGAGCCCUUUCUCCCACAUCCCCUGGGGGCACCUGUGCGGAUUCUCCCUCCUCCUGCUCACGUUCAAUGUCGUGUUAAAUUUCGGAAUUGCUGUCACCUACCCCACUCUGAUGUCUCUGGGGAUCGUCCUCAGUGUGCCUGUGAACGCAGUGGUCGAUCACUACACCACCACCAUCGUCUUCAACGGCGUCCGGGUCAUCGCCAUCGUCAUCAUCGGCCUGGGCUUCCUGCUGCUGCUGCUGCCCGAGGAGUGGGACGUCUGGCUGGUCAAGCUCCUCACCCGCCUCAAGGUCCGGAAGAAGGAGGAGCCGGCGGAGGGCAGCGGGGACCUGGGCUCCGGCCCCCAGAACAAGAGAAGGGCCCGGCCCUCCUUCGCCCGCUGACCCGUCCCCUGGACACGCGGGGACGCUGGCGCGAAGGGUCCGGAGGUCUGUUCCUGGCGGCACCUCGGUGGGCAAAGGUGUACAUACCUGUACAGUCUGGGUCCCCUGGGGACGUCCCACGGGACCCAUGGGCAUGUCCAACCCGCUUGCUCUUGUCCACAUCAGACCUUCCACUUAAGGUACCGACUCGACGCGCACGAGAGCAGAACCCGAGUUCUUUUUAAAUGAAUGUAAAGCGAGUAGGAGCCAUCCUGGCCCCGGCCAGGUCUGGGGGCCACAGGUUCUGGUUGAGGCAGGCGGCUGUCCUGGGUCUUCUCGACCGGAAACUCCAUUGCACACUGUGAUAACUCCCUAGCGGUGGGACUCAUUGUUGGUUUCAGACCGGAGCUGGGAUCUUUAUUUUUUAAGGAACCAGAAGAUGACGAAGUUAGUUUGGAUGGACAGACGGAUAGGCAGAGGGGACACGCAAAAGGGGAAUGGACAUCGAAAGCCAUCUCUGUGCCAAGCCGGGGGGCGAAGGGGGGGGCGGGUGGAGGAGGUCAGGCCUGAGCCGGGUAACGUCGGGGGGCGGGGGGUGGGGAGUCAUCUGAGCCCCGCUCGCUGGCUUUCUCUCGCGUGUUGGUCCGAGGCCCCGCCGGAGACGUUCCAGUGCCUUCUACAGAAACUUCAUCUUGGCCUAUGUGAAGCGAGUGAUGUUCCCCGUCACUGGCGCCGUCUUAUCGUUGAGAUGUACACAUCUUUAAAAACCAAUAAAACCACAUGUGAUGGGCGUGUGUGUGCGUGCGUGUGUCCAGCGUGUGUCUACAUGCUGACGGCGGUGUGACGGCGCGGGGGUCGCGCUGUGACCACGGAGGAGGGGGCCGCCGGGUCGCUUCUGCUUGGGGACGGAGAUGGAAGCGUGGCCUCCCGAACCCGUGCAUCUUCUGAUGCGACGCUUCAGCGCCAGGCUGUUGAUCCCGCCGUCUCGCUCUGCGUGGAAAUCCUGUCUGUGAUGGACCCGUGAAGAGGGACCAGGGGGUGGGGUGGGGGUGGGGGGGCGUUUAGAGUUUACUAUUUUUUGAAGUUUACAUUGUUACAUACGAAAGGGAAACCUUAUUUUGAAAAUGUUGUCAUAACCCAAAGGUGCAUAGGGGGCACGGGGCCCUGGCGACCUGAACUUUUUAACUGAUAAUUAUUCUCCAUCUCCAUGACCUGUUGGGCCAAACAGAUGAAUAAAUGGUUUAAAAAGAA